UCUGGACCCCGGCUGAUUCGCCUGCUGUGUUCUUUGAUGAUGGAUUUUAAGGAUGGAAGUUCAAGCUUUGUAGGAGGUGCCUGAACAAGCUGAAGAGGAAAAGACCACCAUUAUCAAUCUGCAAAGCCUGGAAGUUGUGUAGUCUUUAAAUAUAGCCCCUCUCUGCAACCUGUCAGCCAUUUCAGUUUAGCAGAAUCUGGAAAUACUCAGGAGGUGAUAACCACUAGAGAAGCAUAGGGAUGUGGUACAAGCAUGGCCCCUUCUUCCUUGUGGUGGGAAGGGGCCAAGUCCCACAGAAGCAGGAGAAACCCAAGCUACCAUGACCAUGCCAUGAUCCUGCUGUGUGUUACUCACCUGGCUGGCAAUGGCUGAGAACUUGGCUACGUACAGAGUCUCAUCAUAGGUGGAAGCACACUGGUUGAUGUUGACAAUCAUGCAGGAGCGCCCGCGCCCCAUGAAGAAGCCCUGGAACACACGGGUCAGUUUGCUGUCCCGGAACGGAACCACCGCCUGCUUUGUCCUGUGGGAGAGACAGCAGUGAGCUGGGAAAGCAAAAAAAAAAAAUCCCCCACAGCCUCCCUCCCUCUGGAGGAGUGGAUGCUCACCUGGCCUGCUGGUUCUGGCGGAGAGCGGCGAUGCAGCGGCCCAGGGUGUGCAGGGAGGUGUUGAUGUUGUUGGCUUCUUUCAUUCGCUCCCCACUUAUCUGGUCCUUGCAGCGCUCGGACCCCGCCAGGUCACACAGGGAUAGCCUGAAGGAAACACAGGGAUAUUCACAUCACUUAAGGGUUUGUCCUGCCAUAUCACAUUUACAGUUCAGACACCCUGCAGUCACCUUACCAGCUUCCUCAUAAAGGUACAGACCAUUCUUUUGGGGUGCCUGGGCUGUUGAUGGAUGAAGGGCCUGCCCUAAGCGUAGGUGUUACACAAAGUAACAGGAAAAUGAACUUUGAAGUGUCAACUUCAAAAAUCCUUUGCCAGUGCUCAGAAGAGCCACUUUCCAGAUAAACACGCCCCAGGAACAGGGACCAGCAGCACUCAAAUCAGCCCUGCUGCAAGGGUAAAGAUGCUCACAUUUACCUUCACUCAAAAAGCCUGAGAACUACCUCAAGUUGUACCUUGCACUACUCCUCAAACUCCUGUCAGUUCCAAGACUUAGUAUUUAUUCCUUCCAAGUACUUUCAACAACACCAUCAUCAAGAUGCUUCCCAUACCCCAGGCCCUUAACCAAAGAGACAAGAAAGUUGAGAUUACACCCAAAUCCUAAAAAACAUGAAACUUACUCGCUGAUUUUGGGAACAACUUCACUGCUACCUCUUUGCAAGUGCAGAAUCCGAAUGGAGAAUACACUGUGACUGUAAAGAAAACAUGCAAAUGUUAAAAAAAAAAAAACACCAAACAACUUUAAAAGCCCUUCAGAAUUGUAUUUCUGCCUAAACAAUCCCUUUCCCUUCAGACCUGCGACUGGAGUUCUGGUUCAUGUGGGUGCUUGCAAAACUCUGGUUUUUCCGACCCAGUUUUAGGAGCUUCCAGGCCUCAUCAGCAUCCCGAACAUUGAUCCAGUUCAGAUCUGGAAAGCAAGCAUGCAUUAACCACAGCAGCUGGGAGACUGAAAACUUAUCUCAGCCCCAACUUCACCAUUGCAUAUCCUUGACAUCAACAAAUUUGACAAUCCUGUAAUCCUGACAUCAGAGCUCUCUGUGAGGCUUUCCAGCACAUCACUGCUAAGCCACCCACCCACUGAGCCCUAAAAACCUUCCUAGCAGGCCACUAAAGCUCUCCCGCAGGCAAAUCUACCUUUCACAUAGGGGUUGCCAGUCUGGUCCUCGCAGAGCCGCAGUGUUUGCCGCUUGCGGUUCUGCCCAGGUAGAGCUGGUUCUAGCAAGUCAUAGAUUAAUUCAUUGUAGAUCUCAAAAAAAGAGACCCAGAUGGAGAACUGCACAUCUCCUGUGCUGGUGAGUGAAAUGUGAUCCAAGUCAGCCCAGCAAGGGCCCAGUUCUGAAGAGAAAAAAAAAAGGAAAACAAAUCAUGACUGCUGCUUUUUGUGGGACCAACCAAAAUGGUUUAGCUCCAGAUCAAGAUACUUCCUUCAGCAAGCAAAACCACCCCAGACACAAAUCCUUUUAUUUACUCCCUCCCAUUUGCAGCUGUUCUAAUGCCUGUCCCCAGUGAGACAGCCUGAAAUUUCCUUUGACAGUAUCACCUGCUCUGUGUAAGGACUUUUAUAUACUCAGUUUUGAUUCCAGAAUUACAAGAUAUUUCAAACAUGAACCCUUUCCAGCAUAACUGAAGUUUUUUAGUCCUUGUUAUCUCAAUCACAGUAGCUGGGUUUGGUAGAUAGAGCACAAGUGCUUAGUGCAGCCUGCCACUUUGGCAUCCUGCUUCCCAGCAAUCCCCAUCUCACAGCAAUCAGCUGCUCAAUAACCACAUUCCUUGAAUGAAGUGAGUGAAUGUUAAGCAAUUUUUCAUUUCACAAGGCUUGGUUGUUAUGGAGUGGUGAAUUCUUCUGAUAUUGGCAUAAUAUAUGCACAGAGUACUUCUGACAUGACAUCUUUCAAAGGGAAAAUCUGAGGCCACAGCACCUUUGCUCCCUUACCCAUAACACAGCAUCCAAACAGCCAUCACCCUUUGCUUCCCCCAUCCUCCAGCAAAAAGAAGCAGGUAGCACACAACAGGCUUCCAAAAAUACCUUCUGUCUGGCUGAGGUCUGAACGGUUGGUGAGUUGGCUGGAUGAAGACAAACCAGCAACUCCACUGUCAAAACUGCCACUGGUGGUGGCCUGGAGCUGAGAUUCAGCACUGUGACUCCUCUUCAGCGGCGUUUGCAGCUCCUCCUUGAAGGAAACAAGGAACAGGAGCGUGCAGGUAGCAUGACACCACCCCUUUCCUCUUGCUACUGAUCCCCCAGAGGCUCCGUGCUUACCUCCCAGAGACCCCUCUGCAGCAUCAUCUGCUUCUUGGUCUCCUCCUGGCGCACCUGCCUGCUGUCCAGCCAGGUCACCUCGUUGGAGAGGGCAGGCUUCAGGUCCAUGGCCUGGUACAGCUGGUCCCCCACACUGUUGAAGAUGGUUGCCAAAGAGCGAGGCAGAAUCCCCCCAUCUUGGGUGGUGCCUGCAGCAAGAACAGCAGCAAAGCUGAGGAUUUAGAGGCAGAAAACAAAAAACAAUUCCUUCAACAGGCCCCACAGCACCUGGUGCUUUCCUUACCCUGAAUCGUGUGAGUCUUCCCUGAAUUGGUGAUGCCAUAGGUGUAAACCAAACAGUUCUGCCCACUCAACACAUCCUUUACCACCUGUUUCAUUGUCUCAUCAAAGAACGAUUUCUGCCCCACCUCUGGUCCAAAAAUCUACAAACAAGACACAAGAAAAACAGCUUAAUAUAGAUCUUUCCUAUCCUUUGCUGGUGGUUGUUCAAGUGAUAUUACAUGGUCCUUUAUUCCCUGCACUAGCUGUGAGCAAGAGACUCACCAGCAAUUCCAGCUGAGUGGGUCGCUCUUACAAACAUAAGGUUCUCAUUUGUUUAAUCUAAUAACAUCUCACAUCACUGCAGUCCCUAGUCUGCUUACAGCCUCAUGAACUGUUUGCCAUUUGCUGCCAAAAAAGAGUUGUCAGAAACAGCUUAGAAAGAAAUAAUAAAACAGCAACUAAAACCUGAAGUAACCUGAUUUCACAAGAGUUCAGGCAGCACCUUGGGGUCAGUGGAUGUGUACAAGGCUGCUUUUCAAGCUGCAGGGCUGGUUUAAGCUCAAAUCACUUCCAGAUGGGCUGUUUGUCCCAACUACCUACCCGGGUGAAAGAGAAUCUGUGCACUGCUUGUCCCACUCCUCGCUCCGUGCUCCGCAUGGUGAAGGAAUUCUUUGGAGCUUUUAGAAUAAGGGUUUCUGAGUUCUCAAUACAGACACAGCCCUAAAGAACACACAAAAUCCAUCACUGCAGUGGCUUACAGGAGGAUAGACAGCAAAGGACAACAGCAUCUCCCAGCAGGCACACAGCCAGCUCAGACUCUACUUCAUUCAGUGUCUCACCUGGUCUUCCCCUUUUUCUACUUCUGUAGAUUUCAGAGGUCGAACUCUGAGGUAGACCUUUAAUUUUCCAUUAUUGUCUUCAGCUACAGCCUGCAAGAAUCAGCACAAAUUUAAUAUGGCAGCCAAAGAGGCAGCACACAACCCCCCAUGGGAACACUUAACAGGAACCACAAUAUGGAACACACAUGUUGGCUAUGCUGCUACUGCUGAGGCAUUUCUCUGGUCCCAAAGUCACCAACAAUGCCAGAAGCUUCCUUAGGCAUUUCCAAGCACACCACUUUUUUUUUGUUGUUUGUUUAUUUAUCUAAUGGAUCAGACUAACAAGCCAAAGGCCUAACACCAAAACCAAGCAUCACCCCAAGAGGCACUCACUGCCCACCACUCUACCAGGAACUGCUCCCCCCAAAUGCAGCAUUCUGUUCCUGCCUCUUCUGAAGAAUCUGCUUUUCCUGCAUCACAUCACCUUUGUACAGGGAACAGCAGCCACGAGUGAAAACGCUGCCCUGUUUGUGACAGAAGAGCUUCCAACCUCACCUGAGAGCCCUCGAGGUUUGGGGAGAUGGCGGAGAACUCGGGCAGCAGGUCCUUGCGCAGAGCACAAGCUGCUGAGCGCCGGCCCCACCGAGCCCUGGUCCAUCCGCGAGAAGCUCUGCCUGGCCUCCUCCGUCAUGCGCAGCGGCGACCAGAACUGGGUCUCAGUCAGCAGAGCCAUCAAACCUUUUGCAGAGCCAGGACGCCCGCCUGACUGGUUUUCCCAAAAGCACUGUGCAUCUCAAUACUCAGAGCUCUUGGAGACCACAGAAACCCCGAAAAGAAAACGUGGUGAGAAGGGAGAAGUUGUGGAAACAGUGGAAGAUGUUAUUGUGCGGAAACUGACUGCAGAGCGGGUUGAGGAGUUGAAGAAAAUUAUUAAAGAAACACAGGAAAAAUACAGGCAACUCAAGAAGGAUGCAGAGCUGAUCCAGGCCGGACACAUGGAUAACAGACUGGAGGAGCUGUGCAAUGAGAUUAUGAUAAAGAAAAAAUUGGAAGAAGAGGAGGCAGAAGUCAAGAGGAAGGCUACAGAUGCUGCUUACCAGGCUCGCCAGGCCAUUAAGAACCCACCUCGAAGGCUGACAGGGGUGAUGGUUCGUUCUCCGGCUGGCUCCACCUCCCCAGGCGGGGAUUAUUCCCUCGGAGAUCUGUCCCAGCCCGCUGGGGAUGAGGCCAGUCCAGGGGUCACGCCAGGGACAUUGCCCAGCACCCCAGUUGCCUCCUUCAUUGGAAUCCCUGACACCCCUCCAGGCUCUGCUCCCCUGGAUGCCCCCAUGACCCCAGUCACUGAUGAUUCACCCCAGAAAAAGAUGCUAGGACAAAAAGCAACUCCGCCUCCUUCCCCUCUGCUCUCAGAGCUGCUGAAGAAGGGCAGUCUCCUGCCCACAAGCCCCAGGCUGGUUGGUGAAAACGAAAUGGCAGUGGCUUCUGGUCACAUGAACAGCUCUGGAGUCCUGCUGGAGGUAGGAAGUGUCCUUCCAGUGCUGCACAGUGGGGAAAUGCAGUCAGCACCUGGUGCUGUCCCUGCAUCUCCAGCUGCUUCAGGUGCUCCUACGCUUUCCCGGCUUUUAGAAGCUGGUCCUGCACAGUUCACCUCACCUCUUGCUUCCUUCUCCGCUGUUGCCAGCGAGCCUCCAGCUAAGCUCCUGCCACCCCCCGUAGAGCCUGUGUCCCAGGCCACUAUUGUCAUGAUGCCCACGCUGUCAGCACCAGCCGUUGUGCCACCAGCUGCAGCUGCAGAAAGCGUAGCCACAGUGAGCCAGCCAGAAGCCUGUGUUUCCAUGGAGGCAGUGUCUGAUUCCCAUACUGUGACAGUGUCUAUGGACAGCAGUGAAAUAUCAAUGAUCAUUGAUUCCAUCAAGAAAGAGUGUCUGGGUUCUGGGGCUGGCAGCACUGCAGGAUCUUCCAAAGAUCACUGCAUGGAUGGGAAAGAAGAUCUGGAUUUGGCUGAAAAAAUGGAUAUUGCAGUGUCCUAUACGGGGGAAGAGCUGGACUUUGAUACGGUUGGAAAUAUUAUAGCCAUCAUUGAGGACAAGGUAGACGACCACCCUGAAGUCCUGGAUGCAGCAGUUGUUGAAGCUGCUCUGUCUUCUUUCUGUGAAGAUACUGAUGACCCUCAGACCCUUCCUGGCCCAUGGGAACAUUCAAUUCGUCAGGAGCAUGAGAAACAGGCCCAGAUGCCACAAGUGUCUGUGACUGUGAAGCAGGAGAGACUGGAGUGUGAGGAGCCAGAGGCAAAGGGAAUUCGAGACCUAAUGGGCAUCAGUGAGCUGGGGUCAGAAAUAAAGACUGAACUUGCAGAGCAGGACCAGAAUCAGCUGGGCCCUGAAGAAACCAUACCAGCAACUGCAAGAGUGACAGAAACACCAGAGCUUAGAAACCAAGAGAUAGAAGAAGAUCAAAGAGCAGCUGUAGCAUCAGGAGAGACUUCUGAAAUCAAGAUAGAGUCUUCCCAGGCAGAAGAUACAGUGCUCAAUCCAGUGAAGACAGAGACCCCACCUGAUGAUGAUUCAUCCCCUCCACAAGUCCCAAAUGUGAGUGAAGACUCCUCACAGGCUGAUGUUCAGCACAAAUUUGAGCUGUCAGAGUCAAUGAAGGAGGAAGCCCAAGCCCUGUUUAGGAGUCAGAUGAAGGAUGGGCAGGGUGAGGAGGAUGAUGAGGACGGUGCCAGUGAGGCUGCCAGUUUGGAGGAACCCAAAGAAGAAGACCAGGGUGAGGGGUAUCUCUCAGAGAUGGAUAACGAGCCCCCAGUGAGCGAGAGCGACGACGGCUUCAGCGUCCACAACGCGCCCUUGCAGUCGCACACGCUCGCCGACUCCAUCCCCAGCAGCCCGGCCUCCUCGCAGUUCUCAGUGUGCAGUGAAGACCAGGAAGCGAUACAGGCUCAGAAGAUCUGGAAGAAAGCCAUCAUGCUGGUUUGGAGAGCAGCAGCUAAUCACAGGUAUGCCAAUGUCUUCUUGCAGCCUGUAACAGAUGACAUAGCACCAGGCUACCACAGCAUCGUGCAGAGGCCAAUGGAUUUAUCUACCAUCAAAAAGAACAUUGAGAACGGGCUGAUCCGAACCACAGCCGAGUUCCAGCGGGAUAUUAUGCUGAUGUUUCAGAAUGCAGUGAUGUACAACAGCUCUGACCAUGAUGUGUACCACAUGGCUGUGGAGAUGCAGAGAGAUGUCCUGGAGCAGAUCCAGCAAUUUCUGGCCACACAACUGAUGAUGCAAACAUCAGAGUCAGGGAUCAGUGCAAAGAGCCUGCGGGGGCGAGACUCCACUCGCAAGCAGGAUGCUUCAGAGAAGGACAGUGUCCCAAUGGGCUCUCCUGCCUUCCUUCUCUCUCUCUUUGACGGAGGCACCAGAGGGCGGCGCUGCGCCAUCGAGGCAGACAUGAAGAUGAAGAAAUGAUGCUGCAGACACAAAAUCCCAGCAGAAUCCCAGGCAUCCGGAGCCGGAGCACAAGCAGGCAACUCUUAACAGCUGCUGGAGGAGGAGGAAAAGCUGCAGGUCCAUUUCUGACCUGGUUCACCACCUCGCUUGCCCUUCUGGAAAGCAGUGUCUUGUCAGAAUGUGUAACCCAAAGAAACUUCCCUAGAGGGGAAGACCAGCCCCCCUGCCUGUUUUAGGGCAGUCAUCUUGGGCUUCACACAUCAGUGUUCUGGUGUUAGCUAGCAACUGGUGGCUCGUACGUACUGUAAUGUGAAGUGUACAGAUUUUUACUA